GUACAAGUGGACACACUUCAGGGGAUGAUUUAUCGCAUGGAUCUCCAGGCCGAAUUGAAAUGCUCCCAGCAACUGCAGAUGAGUUAGAAGAUGAUGAUGCAGAUAUUUAUAAUACCCAGUUAGAUAGUGGAGAUUCCGGAAUUGGAAAAAAAGUUACUCAUUCAAUUUUAGGCGCAGCUCCAGUUUUAUUAACUGCCACUGCGUUAUAUAGAGUAUAUAUAUAUUUUGUAAUCAUAUACCAUUAUAGUACUAACUUGUAA